AUGGCGAAACUCGACAUCAAUUCCAAGUACCGCAUGAAUUCGGGCUACGAAAUCCCCAUCCUAGGCUACGGCAUCUACCAAACCCCCGCCGACAUCGCCGAAGACGUCGUUGCCCACGCCCUCGCGACCGGCUACCGCCACGUCGACUCCGCAACCGCAUACCGCAACGAAGCGCCCUCCGCAGCGGGGAUCAAGCGCGCAGGCAUACCGCGCGAGCAGAUCUUCUUCACGUCCAAGGUGCCCCCGAGGGCUAUAAACUACAAAGACGCUGCUAAAUGCGUGGAUGAGACGCUGAGUAAGACCGGUUUGGGGUAUGUGGAUCUGUAUCUGCUGCAUGCGCCGUAUGGAGGCAAGCAGGGACGGCUGGGCGCGUGGAAGGCGCUUGCGGAAGCCGUAGAAGCGGGUAAGGUCAGGUCAAUUGGGGUGUCGAACUAUGGAGUGCACCAUCUGGAGGAGCUGGAGACGUAUAUAAAAGAGGUGGAGGAGAAGGAGGGGAAGGGGAAGGCGGGCGUUUUGAGUGUUAAUCAGGUGGAGCUGCAUCCGUGGUUGGCGAGACCGGAUAUUGUGCAGUGGUGCGAGAAGCGAGGGGUCUUGCUGGAGGCAUAUUCGCCUCUAGUUCGGUCGACGCGCAUGGAUGAUGAGCGGCUUGUUGCGCUGUCCAAGAAGCAUAACAAAACACCAGCACAUAUACUGCUGCGGUGGAGCCUACAAAAGAAAUUCGUCCCUCUGCCUAAGUCGGUGACGAAGUCCCGCAUUGAAGAGAACGCCAACAUCUACGACUUCGAGCUUUCCGCUGAGGAUAUGAAGAGCUUAGAGACAGGAGAGUACUCUCCAUGUACAUGGGAUCCAACUACAAGCAAGGAUUGA